CACAAAGUAACAACAAUGUGUUCGAUUAUCACACAAACGACAAACGUCCACGACCUGGUUCACUUUGGCUCAAAGGCGCCACAAUUCGCCGUGCAGAGUUGCGUCCCUUGGGAGUACCAGCAAACUAUUUUCGGUCAGGUCGUUGGCGGAGGAACUUCACAAAGUAUGAGUGUCAAAUCUCAGCCUCAAAACCACAACCUCAAGACAUGGGCGGCUGCCGUCCUUGGCGUGACGGCGUUGGUGGUGUUGGGGGUGUUCGCCUACUACCAGAACAGUCAGCUGUCUCUCCUGGAAGCCAGGAUUAUCAGCGUGGAGAGACAAGCAGAUCGUGAGAAGUCAAGAAUGAGGAGGAAUCUUGAUGACCUCGAAGUUGAUGUUGAGAGACUGGUGAAGCGACACAUUGACCACCAGAUGGACACGCGACAACUGCUGGGUCAGGGGGGAAUUGAGACGCUGGUCAAGCAGAUGAUCGCUUCGGAGGCCCAACUGGUACAGUCUUACUGCGAGAACUCCACCUUAGUCUGCCCGGCCGGUGAAAAGGGCGAGAAAGGAGAUGCAGGAAACAAGGGGGACCUAGGCCAGAGCGGCUCACAGGGGUUCCAGGGCCUGCAGGGACUGAAGGGAGAACCCGGAAGUGCAGGAUACAACGGCCCCGGCGGCCCCAAGGGAGAGGUGGGGAGUCAAGGCAUUUCAGGCACGAAGGGCGAGCCGGGCGUUAACGGUCAAACUGGUCUCGCCGGACCUAAGGGGGACACAGGCGAAAGAGGCGACAGAGGGCUCACAGGGUUCUCCGGGCCUCCAGGACCAAAGGGGGAGAGCGGAGGCUUUGGGAGUGGCAACGGCCCUCUCCCCCAAGAGUGCUGUCUUCGACUUUCUUCCCCUAAACAGAUUGGAUCAAAGGCGUUGACUGUCUACGGUGCAGUCGGUGACAAUAUGCUGCUCGGUUGUAAAGAAUCUGGCUAUCCACCCCCAACGGUAGAAUGGAUCCCUCCGCUAACACAGCUUGGAACGACUCGUUACGUACAGUCAAAGGAUGGGCUCACUUUGAUGGGGGCGCAGCUGUCAGACAAUGGAAGGGUGUUCACCUGUGAAGUGACCAACAUGUUUGGUAGUUCUGUCACACGUUACCAGCUGGACAUUUCAGCCCCAGUCAGCGUGUCGAUUACACCGACCACCUCAAACUUCACUGAAGGCAGUCCAGGGGACAUAACUCUGACGUGUUCAUUCAAUGGCUACCCACCACCAACAGUGGCGUGGUUGCACGUCCGGGACAAUGGUCAGACGGAGGUCGUCAACUCCAACAUUGACAGCAGCAGACAGGGUGUCAGCGUCCUUACCAUCCCCUCCCCCACGACGACGGAUGGGGGGAGGUAUGUUUGUAGGGCGGCCACAGCCAACGGGGGCAGAAAGGAGGCGUCUUCUACUCUUACUGUUUUUGGUCCCCCUCACUUCGAGAACAUCCCCCAGAACCAGAGCACGACUACUGGAACCACGAUCACCCUACACUGUGACGUCAACAGCGUACCUCCCGCCACCGUCACGUGGAUCUACCCUCACAAUGACAGCCACCCCCGGUUCAACGUCAAAGUCAACACUGACAACUCCAUCACGAUCAACAAUGCUGACAACGAGAACGAAGGCGUGUAUACCUGCAUAGCUCGCAACCAAUAUGGCGUCAUCCAGACCAAAGCGAGGCUACAGAUCGUCCACAGUGUAGAGGUGACACUGACCCCUACUAGCACCUCCCUGCAGACCAGCCCCGUUGUGUCCCUGGACUGCAAGACCACGGGAGACCCCACCCCCAACAGCACAUGGUCCAAACUGGACUCGUCGAUCGACAAGACCGACCCACGUUACAUCACCCUCGGGGGGGACUUCCUGAUCACGGGGGUGACUCCGGCCACACAGGACAAGGACUCUGGGGUAUACAUAUGCACGGGGACGAACAGCAUGUCCACCGUAUCCAAGAAGGCUAUAGUUUACAAAGAAGUUCCGGUCGUGGACUGCUCGACUACGUUCCAGACAUGCACAGGGCCCAUUGGCGUUGCUUGUGGCGCCAAGUGCCCUGCAGGCUGUGCUUCCACGCCAGGAAUGCUGUUUGGAUAUAAAGAUUAUACAGCAAACUCCGGACUGUGCCAAGCCGCUAUCCAAUCAGGAGCUGUGACUGACGCCGGCGGGUGGGUCACGUGGUCUAUGAGAGAUGGAUCGUACCUGAAUUUCCAGGGGGUGACACAGAACGGCAUCACCAGUACCGCGACUGGUCCGAUCCAUGCGGCAGCGACCGUGUUUGUUUGAAAUAAACGUCAUUUACAAACGUC